AUGGCAUUGUCCCUCCCCCUCCGCCGGGCUCUGCCUCAAUUCCCGCCUCUCGGUUUCCUGUCCGCCGCUACUCUGACCUUCCCCAUCUCCAUCACCGUUCCUCCGCUCCUUGCCGAUCUCUGGGAGUCUGUCCUCCGCGCUGUUCCGAAGAAGAAGACCUCGCACAUGAAGAAGCGUCAUCGUCAAAUGGCAGGCAAGGCCUUGAAGGAUGUGCAGAGCCUCAACAAGUGUCCCGGUUGCGGGCAGGUCAAGCGGGCCCAUGUCUUGUGCCCUCAUUGUGUGAAAGAAAUCAAGCAAUCGUGGAAGUCGGUUCAAACAGCAUAG